AAGAUGGGGCGGGUUCUAAUGUGUUUCCCGAUUUAACUUUGUAACGUAAUAGUAUUAGCUUACUAUUUUAGUCGACAGCUAAAGACUGUUUGGAGGUUUAGCUCAAAGUCAGCUACUAGUAUCGAGGAUUUGUCAAGAAUUUCAGGCUCGGUGGAAAUGCGUUUAUUUUACACGUCGUUUGUUUUGUGCGUCCUCUACAUGAGCACAUGCACCUGUGAUGAGCUCCUGUCUUCAGAAGAUGCUGAGUUCUGCAAGGGGAAAUUAAAGGUGAUUUACCCGGAUCUGGUCGUUGAUAAAUGCAUGACCGUCCCUCAGAGGAUCAGAGAGAAGAUCAGUCAGGAGUGGGGUCCACCUCAAGUACAGCUGCCAAGUGCUGAUGAGGAGAAGAAAUACACUCUUUUAAUGGUGGAUCCAGAUGCUCCUAGUCGUCAGAAACCUUCUCACUCUUACUGGAGACACUGGUUACUUGUUGACAUUAAGGGGGAAGCACUACAGAGAGGAGACGUCAGCGCUGUUCAACUAUCCGCAUACACCCGUCCCACUCCACCCAAAGGCUCUGGAUUCCACCGCUACCAGUUCCUUAUAUUUGAGCAGCCUGAUGGUCAGAGCCUGUCCCUCAGCCCGCAGGAGAACAGCUCACGGGGUAACUGGGAUCCGCAGGCUUUUGUUGAGAGGUUUGGUCUGUCUGGACCAGUGGCUUCUCUUCAGUUCCUCACCCAAAACCGCAAGGACUAGGACACCUCCAGCCUGCGGCUCAACUUUGACCUCUGGCCUUCACACACUCCGUGGCUCAAUUUGUCCCAGUUCUGAUACUAUAUCAAGAAUUAAUGUAUUUAGGCACAUUAAUAUUUAGGUGAACAUUAAACUAAUAAAAGAUGAAUUGUGUUGUUUCCCCAUUUCUGAAUUGUAACUUGUAGGAAUGUGUUUGAUGCAAUAUCAAAUAUCUCACAUGUUCAUAAAAAUCUAAAUAAAGGUCAUAGUCAUA